AUUUUGAGUGUUGAUGGAGCGAUCUCUGAUGCCUUAUGUAACUGUGUGGUUGGUGCUCUUGUUGAUUUACAACUUCGUGAAGCUUCUACCGAUUGCGACGAAGAUAUUCCGAUUGAUAUCACGAAAGUUGAGCUCAGCGACAGUACUCAUCAUAUUGUCCUCGCUGAUUUUCCAGUUUCAUCAACCUUUAUUGUUUAUGAAGCUCCCGAUGAAACGGUAAAAAUCCUUUGCGAUCCGGCGCCUGAGUUAUUCGAAAUAAUCCCAAACACGGUGGUGAUUGUUGUUGGUAAUAAUUCACGAAUUCAUCGUAUCAGUCAGUCGGGAGUGGCCGGUGAUGAAGCAGUCAUGCGAAAAAUGGUUGAGUUAGCUGUCGGGCGGCAAAAGCUGAUCGCCGAUUCACUCAUAAGGGCGAAAGAGGCUUAUUUGGCAAAGGAAUAG